CAGCUUUGGGGUUGUCCUCGGACGUCUCCGGAUUCCUGAGUCUCACGAUCCGGCGAAGGCGGCGGCGACAUCUCUCUCGACUAAAGGACUCAGUGUCCAGUGCUCCAGCCGAAGGAUCUAAAGGGGACCGACACCAGCGCCUCCACCAUGCCCAACUUCUCUGGCAACUGGAAGAUCAUCCGAUCGGAAAACUUCGAGGAUUUGCUCAAAGUGCUGGGGGUGAACGUGAUGCUGAGGAAGAUUGCCGUGGCUGCAGCAUCCAAGCCAGCAGUGGAGAUCAAACAGGAAGGAGAUACUUUCUACAUCAAAACCUCAACCACUGUGCGGACCACGGAGAUCAACUUCAAGAUCGGAGAAGAGUUUGAGGAGCAAACUGUGGAUGGGAGACCCUGUAAGAGCCUGGUAAAAUGGGAGACUGAGAACAAGAUGGUCUGCGAGCAGAGGCUUUUGAAGGGAGAGGGUCCCAAGACCUCCUGGACCAGAGAACUGACCAAUGAUGGAGAACUGAUCCUGACCAUGACGGCAGAUGACAUCGUGUGCACCAGGGUCUAUGUCCGAGAGUGAGUGGCCGUGGGUCCAAGAGCCACCGAAGCCGGGCCACCAGCCCAUACUCCCUGCUUCACUGCCCCGUGGACCGCCCCUCCCCCAUUCCUUCCUUCUAGGCUAGCUCUCUCCCCACCCCGGUCACUUCAGGGGAUGCUGGGAUGCCUCCCGCAGAGGUUCUGCUUUUUUUUGACCCCUCCUCUCCUCCCCUACACCAACAAAGUGGGAUGGAUGGCAAAAGCCCAGAUCACCCAUUCCAGAAUCACUUCCCGACCCCAAGUCAACAGUCCCAGCCCCAAACCAGCCCAGAGCACCGUCUCUCUUUUUCCGCAAGGGGACCCGAGUGCCAGAGUGGGAAAGACGGGCCCUCUGGCUUCCACUCUUUGUCCCUGUAGCCCAUACAGUGUAGAAUAUUUAUUGGUUAAUUUUAUUAAAAUGUUUU